UGUUAGCCCCACAAAAGCCCGACGUUAAGCGAACAGCAGUGCUGGUUAGCUAUAUGGAAGCUAGCCAGUUAGCUGUUUUGGUCGUGAGCAAGUUUAUAAAAAACUUUGUUCCUGGGUCUUCAACAAAUUAUGAUAGUGUGAAAAUCACAAGAGUUUCUUUCCCUGAAUCAAGAUACCCAUGAGAUUUACUAAAAAUUAAGAGUCAAAAGAUACGAUGUUAACAGAAGCAAAAGGCUUUGGGUUAUGGAUUUGGAGGAGAAUGAGGUGGAGAGCAGCAGUGAUGCAGGUCCCUCAGGGAUGGAGGAGCCAUCUGAAAGCGGCAUGGGAAUGGAGUCAUCAGAGGCGAUGUCUGCAGACAGCAGUGAUGCUGCUGCUUCUCAUGCACAGGCCCCAGAGUCUGACUGCCAUGUUGGACAGAGCUCGGAGGGACUUGUGGUGUUCAUCCCAGAAACAAGCUCUAGCACAGAUGUCAGAGUUUCAUCGGUCCAUCUUCCAGACUCCUCUUCAGUGGCCCAGUCCACCAGUGUGUCCAGUGUCUCCACGGUGACUCAGUCGGUGCUUGUGUCUGAGUCAGCUCAAGUGCUGGUCCACUCGAGUGCUGUCUCUGAAGGGGCUAUGAUGGUUUCUGACUCAACUGCUUCUACCUCAUCAGAUCUGGGGUCUGCCAUUGACAAGAUCAUAGAAUCCACCAUCGGCCCCGAUAUCAUGAAUGGUUGUAUAGCUGUGACCAGUGCAGAAGAUGGGGGUGCAGAAACAACCCAGUAUCUAAUACUACAAGGUCCAGAUGACGGUGCUCCUAUGGUAGCUCAGAUGUCAUCUUCUGCCCUGUCCAAUCGUAUAGCAAUAGAAGCUCUUGCCGAAGGUCCCACAUCCACCUGUCUUGACCAGAGAGACCUGCAAGGCAAUGUUGAGCCUGACCAGCCCGAUGAUCAGCCUGGACAUUCAGGUUACUUAGAAGACAGCAGCAGCCAGCCUGACCAGCCACAGCACUCCCACCCCUCCCAGUACAUGGACUGCAGUGCAGAUGGUCCAGACCAGACAGAGGAAUCUUCAUCUUCCUAUGUGGAGUGUUCAGGCGAGGAACCUGACCAGACACGCUCCCGUUCAGGCUUCCCUGACUAUAGUGGGAAUAACAGUGACCAGGAUCUGCCUGGUUAUGUGGGGUGCAGUGGAGCUGACUCAAAUCCUACCAGCCGAAGUCACUAUGUGGUGGAGUGCAGUGCUGGGUAUCCUGGGCGUGCAGUGGAUGACGGGGAGCGGCCACAUCAUUCACGCAGUUACAUUGACAGUAGUGCAGAUCACCGGACUCAGACAAGUCGUCAGUAUGCGACUGAGUAUGGUGGGGAAUGUGUUGUAGCUGCAGACUCUGAGCAGCCAGGUUGUUCUCGUUACCAAGCGGAGGACGACGAUGAUGAAGAUGAUGAUCAGAACCAGGAUCCAGAUCAGCCACAGCACUCUCAACAGCAGCCCCAGCACUCCUGUUAUAUGGAGAGCAGCAAUGGCCCAGAGGCUUCUCUCUAUACUGACGACAGUUCCUCUUCAGACCAUCCUCUGGCAGACACGGCAGGUUCAGGUGGGCUUCCAGAGGCACUGGAAGGCAGCGAGAGCCAGCCGGGCCCAUUCAUCAGCAGCAGUGGGACCUAUACCUCUAAUGCAGAACCUGAGCUGGCCCAGCACUGCUCACCCAGCAAAGAGGAGCCCCAAGGCUCUCAGGAUGAAGCUGGGCUCGGCAGGGACAUGGAGACAUCAACUGUAGCAGAAGGCUCUGGAGAACGACCACCAAACCUGGCUGAGUUAGAGGAAAUGAUGGAGGUAGUGAUCGUGCAGCAGUUCAAGUGUAAAAUGUGUCCAUACAAGAGUGCCUCCAAAGAUACUCUUAUCAACCACAUGAGAGACAAACACUUCAAACCUGCAGGGGAAAUGCCAAAGAAGCGUAAACGUGGACGACCUCCUAAAAGUGAGACCUUAGCCCGUCAAAAGGCAGAGAGGGAGGAGGCAGCAAAGAUGAAGGCCGCAGAGUCCCAGCAAGCAGCAGAAGAAGAGGAGGAUGACGUUGUGGAUGAUGGUGCUAUUGAUGAUCCUGAAAAGGACAGCGACUACAACCCAGCUGAUGAAGAUUCCAAAGGAAGACCACCUGCCAUUCUGAAAAAGUCAGCAACUCCCACUUCCUCCUCCUCUUCUCCUCAAGGGCGUCCCCGACGUAAAGCUGGCCGUCCAAGGAAGUACUCAGUUGUAGAUGAAGGCUACAGCAGCAAAGAAGCAGAAAGUAUUGCUAAGAAGCCUAGGGUUUGUUCGGAUGCUAAUGAGUCUGAAGAGGCAAGCUCUUCAGGCCUAGACAAUAGUGCACCCACGGUGACUGAUGGAGAUGCACCUGAGGCAGCAAUUAGCCAGUCAGACUCUGAGAACAAAGAUCCUUCAUCCAACCAACGGACGGAGGUGGAGUACUUCCCAAGAAAACGUGGCAGACCAUCCCGGCGCUUCCUUCGCAAGAAAUAUAAGAAGUAUAUGAAUCGGAAUCGGCACUACAAAUCUCUAAAACCACUGCUGAGACCUCACAACUGCUACAUCUGUGGGUCACGUUUCCUCACUCUAGAAGACCUGCGCUUCCACAUCGACUCACAUGAAGGCAAUGAUCCGGAGCUCUUCAAGUGCCUGCAGUGCAACUAUCGCUGCAAGCGCUGGUCCUCGCUCAAGGAGCACAUGUUCAACCACGAGGGCACCAAGCCAUUCAAAUGUGAGGAGUGUGAUUACACAAGCGUGUACAAGAAAGAUGUUAUUCGGCAUUCGGCAGUCCACAACAAAGAGCGGAAAAGGAAGACAGAGUCGGUGCCGAAGGCGUCGGAGUUCCCCUGCCCUGUGUGUCACAGGGUGUAUCCCAUGCAAAAGAGACUUACUCAGCACUUAAAAACCCACAGCUCAGAGAAACCACACAUGUGCGAUAAGUGUGGAAAAUCCUUCAAGAAGCGUUACACUUUCAAAAUGCACCUCCUAACCCACAUCCAGAGUCUUGAGGACAACAAGUUCAAAUGUGAGUUUUGUGACUACACUUGUGACAACAAGAAGCUGCUGCUCAACCAUCAGCUGUCCCACACCAACGACAGGCCUUUUAAGUGCGACUACUGUAAAUACUCUACUUCCAAAGAGGAGUUUCUCGUCUCCCAUCUGGCCAUCAAACACACAGGCGAGAAGCCUUUCUCCUGUGAUAUGUGUCACUUCAUGACUAAGCACAGGAAGAACCUGCGCCUUCAUGUGCAGUGUCGCCACGCUGAGGCAUUUGAAGAGUGGUCUUUGGCUCACCCUGAAGAGCCUGUAAAGACACGGCGUAGACCUUUCUUCACCCUGCAGCAAAUAGAAGAGCUGAAACAGCAACAUGAAGACACACAGAGUUUGCAGAACACUAUUGUCACUGUGGAUUCUGCAACGCUGCAAGCCAUGCAGGGCAUGGAAAACGCCUCAGUGUCCCAGGACGCUUUGGGAAACACCACGAUCAUCUAUGAACAAGCUGAAUCCAGCGACCUAUCUGCUCAGAAUGCCCUGGACCUACUGCUGAAUAUGAGCAAUGCACGGGAGCUGGUUAGGAACUCCUUACAGGUAGCAGUGCUGAAGUCAGAUGGAAAAGCUUUGGAGAAGGGAACAUGGAGCACGGUGACAGCAGCGUCCGGUCAGGCCCAAAAGAUCUUGACCUUCCAUGUUUCUGAGAAUGGCGAGACAGUGCUACAAGAGGCCUACGAGGCUGCCACCUCUGAAACAGGCGAGCUUACCCACAUCGCCAUUGAAGGCUAUGAGGGGGGAGGGGACUUCAGUGUGGUGGAGCAGGCAGCUGAAGAAAUCCGUAGUCCUGGAUAUAGUAAUGUGGAGUCUAGCCCUUCUCAAGCUUUAGAGGUUUCUGGGUCAGAGAGCUUGAAAAGUGACAAGUAUUAUCUUACAUCAGCACUGGCUGAUGGUGUAUUGCAACAAGUGGAGCUGAGCAGCGAAGCUCCAGCUUCUCCCUCUGCAGUGGGCUCUCCCAGUCUCACUACGAAGAGGUUUUCCUGUCGAAUCUGCAUGGAGUCUUUCCAUGGACGCUCGGACAUGGAGAACCACAAGAGGGCGCACGUGGAUGCCAAUACUUUUAAGUGUCCUGACUGUGACUUCACCUCCACCUCCUGGCCUGAGGUCAAGACCCACAUGGGACAGCACUCCUACCUGCGUCCUCACAAGUGUCCAAACUGCAGCUUUGCCUCCAAGAACAAGAAAGACCUACGCAGACACAUGAUGACGCACACCAAUGAGAAACCAUUUUCUUGCAAACUUUGUGGACAAAGGUUUAACCGCAAUGGCCAUCUGAAGUUUCACAUGGAGCGUCUUCACAAUCAGGAUAAUCCUGCUCGCAAAAGUCGAACUACUGCGUCUCAGCAAACUAUAAUAGUUAACAGCGAUGAGGAGGCAUUAGCCACACUACAGUCCCUGCAGGGACAUCAGGCAGUGAUCACUCCCGAGCGGCUGCAGGCUCUAGGACAGGAGCACAUCAUUGUAGCUCAGGAACAAGCACUGUCAGACCAGGUAACAGCUCUCACACAGUACAGCCUAUAUGUAUGUAGUGUACUCUCCAAAAUGGAUUGAUUUUGCACGUGUAACUGCUAAACAUUUGAUAAA